AUGUUUCCCGGUGUCCUAGUUUGGUCGUUUAUUCACAGGCUAUCAGGGUACCAGCUCGUCCCAGCACCAAGUGCCUUUGACUAUGGAGCUACCACCGGUUAUGAGGUCGAGAAACGGCCUUCAGUGAACGUCGCUCAACAGGAUGUCUAUGUACCGACAACCAUACCGCCCAACGAGUCCACCGCAUUCUCGAGCGCAGACUCUGGGCUGAUGGGCACCUACGUGACGAGCUAUCAGUCUGCACAAGAAAGCCCGAACCAGGCUCUGACGGUACCGCCUGCUGUAUCCGACAACCUGGUAUACACUGACAUACCGGUGCCUGCCUACUACACCAAUGCUCCAAAUGCCUCCGCUCCUGACGCUUCUCAAAACUCGUCGGGCAUCACCAGCCAUCCUGCGCCCACGAAUGAUUUGCUCUCAACUCCAUACAAUACUGCACUCGUAGGUCCAUCUCUACCUCCAACCAUGCAACAUCAACGGGACCUGGCCGCAGUGGCCUCGGAAUAUCCGUAUGCCAUGCCGGAAAUGUGCGUCAAGGAUGAGGACAUCGGGCAAUCGGGCUCGGCUUCUCGGCUUGAUAUCGUCUACUCUCAUCAGCGAGCCCCGGCCUCGAAGCGUGGACCGUUCAAGGAUAUCAGGCAGCGCCAGGAGACGGCCAACACCAGGAAGAUUGGAUCGUGCGUGCGCUGCAAGAUGCAAAGAAUUCGCUGCGUACCGGAUCCCGACGAUGAAACCGCGUGCUGCCUUACCUGCAAGCCCAAAGCGAAUAGUAUCCACCACAAGCACCUCUCUCGUCUCCCUUGUAUCCGUGCGAAGCUCACUGACGUCAAAUGCAUGAAGCCGGGCCAGGUGCAUGGGUUUGAAUGGACGCUGCGCUGGGGAGACAACGGCCCUGUAGACAACAUCGCCAACUGGGCGUCUUCGGAUGUGAAGAUCAUCAGAGUGACGGAGGGCUACGCGCGGGGGAUGUCGGUGCAGCUUCACGUGCGUGAAUUUAUUCCUCAGCCAGGCGACAAGCUGGAGCGUUCUUGGGUGGGACCGGAUGGUUCGAAGAAGUCGGUACCGAUUCCUCCCUACGCCAUAACCGACCUCGAUGAAGCCCAGGCAGCGUACCAGGACUACAUCAAAAGGGGCGUCGUCGACUGCUUCUCGUCGUUAGUUGAGGGCGUAAUGGGCGCCCGGGAUCAUCUACUCUUCACAACUUAUAGCAAGGCUUGGCAGCUUUCUCAAGAUCCGAGAAUCUCUCCAGAAGAGCGGGAGCUUUUGACGCAAACUUUGGAGCUGUGGGUGGCGGUUCGCUUAACCACAAAGUCGGUGGAGAUUGUGGGAAACGAGACGCUCGGCAUGGACCGUAACAUCCUGGACAACAGCAGCCCACAGCAUGGAAAGAUCCCUCUUCCGCCAGUCAUGGGCGCCCAGCUGGACUUAGUCCUCAUCCAGCAUAUCCAGACGAGGCUCAGACGCGACAUGCUGGAGAAACUCCAGAAGAUGACCCAGCAAAACAAGCAGAAGACAUGGCUGACAACGUACCUGGUGACAUUCAUACUACUACACAACAUUGCGCUUCUGGCAAACCACGAUGCAUCUUACGCCAGAAAACACGGGAUGAAGACAAAGUUCGCUCGAGAGGCAGAUGUUCAAGAGUAUCACUGGGGUACGUACGACUGCUGGGAUCGAGUGAUCUUUUAUCGUCCCAGCGAGUGA